CUCACAAUUACCUGUAUCACUCAUGUGAACGCGCGGUCGUGAGAGUACAUGCCACGUUUACUGAAGAAAGACCAGAACCAGAACCAGAUCUGAAGUGAACUGAAGUGAACUGAAGUUUUUUUCGUCAGACUCGUCCAGCACAAAGUCCGGCAGGUGAUUUUCAACCAGACCCGGGUUUGGACCUCACACGAGACAGUCAGGAUGCACUUGUUGUCCUCCAGCUUCAUCGUCCUCCUCUUCCUCCUCAUGUCCUCCUCCUCGCUGCUCCGCACAGUCAGUGGUCUGGACGCUGUCCUCGGUCAGUAUGGAGAAACUCUGGAGAUCCCCUGCAACAACGGAGUGGUUAAAGCAGACGACGUCCUCCUCAUUAAGUGGAAAUAUGACAAAGGAGAAGGACUUUCAGGAGACCUGCUGGUCAAACAGAAGAACCAGAACCUGUCCAUCAUCGCCUCUGACGAAUACAAGGGCCGGGUCAACAUGGCGUCCAACGCCAGCCUGCUGCUGUCCUCGUCCACACUGAGAGACCAGAGGACGUUCACUUGCAUGGUGGUGGCCGGAGCCGACAUCGCCGAGUACCCCGUCAACGUGUUGAUCUCCAAGACACCAGCAGUCCUGGAGAUUUCUGACAAAGCAGAGGAACUGGAGAUCGGAAAAGUCAUGAAGUUGGGAACAUGCGUUGCUAAAGAUGCUCAUCCAGCUGCAAACAUCACGUGGUUGAAGAACAACAAACCUCUGGAGUCAGACGGCAAACGCGUUUCUGUGGUGGUGUCGGAGCAGGUGGAUCCUCUCAGCGGUCUGUUCACCACCUCGUCCACUCUGAAAUACUCGGCUGAGAAAGAGGACGCAGACGCAGAGUUCAGCUGCACGAGUGAGAGCGUGGGUCAGAGGUCGUCUGCUGUGACCUUCACCAUCACCUACUCCACAGAGAACAUCGUUCUUGAAGUCCUUUCUCAGGAUCCUCUGGUUGAAGGAGACAACGUGACUCUGAAAUGUGUCGCAGACGGAAACCCAGCUCCGACCAGCUUCACUUUCCACCUGAAGGGAGAAACGGUCAAAGUGGAAAACACAGACACGUUCACCAUCAUCAACGUGUCACGUGAAACCAGCGGUGAAUACAGAUGUUCUCUCAUCAACAAACCAGAGCUGCAAGCUUCUGAGAACGUCCUCGUCCACUACCUCGACGUCACUUUAAAUCCAUCUGGAAGUGUUGUGAAAAAAGCUGGUGAAGACGUGAACGUGUCUCUGCUCAUCGAAGCUUCUGGAGAAACCGUGGUCUCCUGGACAAAGGAUAAAAUCAAACUGGACAAAGAGCCUGAAUUCACCGCGCUGACCUUUUCUCACUCUGGUCUGUAUGAGAGUAAAGUGACGAUGGGACAACUGAGUCGAGACGCUUCGUUUCAGCUGCGCGUUCAAGGUGCUCCGGUCAUCACACAGUUGUCCAAACAGCGCGGUGAAGACGGACAACACAAGGUGUUGACGUGUGAAGCUGAAGGUUUCCCUGAACCUGCAGUUUCCUGGAGCAUCAACGGAUCCUCUCCUGAAGAACAGAGUUCUUUCAUCGAUGGAAAAAUCAGUCACAGACUCACGGUCGUUCCUUCAGUGAAUCUCACCGUGUUCUGCACCGUCGUCAACCAGUUUGGCAGCGACAGCAAAUCAAUAACCGUCUCGUCCUUAUUUGUUGUGGAGGUGAGAAUGGAUAAACAAGAUCAGUCAGAGGACAAAGGUCAGAUGAAGAUGGCGGUGGGCGUGGUCGUUGGACUCCUCCUCGCCACGAUGGUCGUAGCUCUCAUUUACGGGCUCUACGUCAAGAAAUCCAAACAGGGCAGCUGGAAAACUGGUGAGGAGAACGGUUCCUCUGAGGAGGAGAAGAAGCUGGAGGAGAAGCUGGAGGAGAAGGUGGAGGAGAGCAGUCAGAAAGCUGAGGUGUAGAUAAAGAAACAAAGAAAAGAGAAGAAGAAGAGAAAGAAGAGGAUGAAGACGGUUUGGAUUUGGUUUCAGGGAGAAUUUUACUAAAAAGAAAAAAAGAAAGUCCAAACACACCUGAGCUCCUUUGACCUUUGACCCCCGUCAUUCCUUUAAACAUAGAAAAAUGGAAAGUGUAUGAAGUGAUGUAUCGUCUGAUUGUUUUUGUUUGUUAAUGCAAGAAAAAUAACUUUACAUCAUCAUCAUCAUCAUCAUCAUCUGCUGCAGAACAGGAAGUAGAUGAUGACAUCACCUACUUGUGUGGGGUCACAUGAUUUCCUGCUUCUUAGACUUUAGUCUUUACCUGUUAGAGAGAAAAAAAUGAUAGAACUAACGUUUGUUUUGUUUAUUUUAUGGGAUGCACGAUAUUAGAUUUACUAUAUUUCGACUGCUUAUAUUAGAUAUUAAUAUACAGUGUAUAUAUACUUAUAUAUACAUAUAUGUAUAUAGAAGUAUCUAAUGUGCAUAUAUAUAUAUAUAUAUUAGUAUACUAAUACUAAUAUAUAUAUAUUAGUAUCUAAUGUGUGUAUAUGUAUAUAUACAUGUAUGUUUUUCCUGGUAUGUCCUCGUGAAAACAAGCAGAGCUUUUUUAUCCACAGUGAAACACUAUUUUAAAAUGUUAUUACUAAUCUAAUCCUGGUCCCAGAGCGCGAGAAUCUCAAAACACCACUCGUGUGUUUUUGUGUAGACAAAGAAACGAUGACGUCAUCGUGUGGAGUUUGGUUUGUUUCUCUUUAUGUUAACUUUGAUUUUCUUUCCUUACAGGCCUGUGUAUGAACUACAGCGUUCACUUUCCUGAAACCAGGCUGUGUUUACAAAACAGAGAAAUAAUGUUUAUGUUUCCUUGCGUGGACAAAAUCUGGCUCUCAUCCGUAGAUGUUUCAUCUUCACUGUGUCCUGUAGAGGGCGCCAGCAGCAGCUCAUGUGUGUGCAUCUUUAUGUGUUUGCUGAACACAUUUAAAAGCUAAUACCGUGCAUCCCACUUUUCUCAUGAGUCGUACUCACUGUAGAUUAUUGAGAGAAAGUUUUUUGGUUUUUCUGACAUUAUUGAGCCUGUUUGUAAUGAUUGUUGACGUGUGACUGUUUCUGCUGUAGUUUGUGUAUAAAUGUGUCCGUGAGAACGUCGUCCGUUUUACCUUCUUUUGAAAAUCUACCUGUAGUUGCUUGAGUUUGUAACUUUGUGCGCUCGGCUUCUUGUUCUCAUGUCAAAUUUGUGUUGAAAAACGAUGGAAACACUCGCCGCUGAAACUAAGUCACCAGGUGAUGAAGUCUGUCCGUUUAAUUUUGCUAUUUAUACUGAAGAAGAUUCCAAAUACUGGAAGGAAAAGGUUGUAACUGUCACAUCAUGGAUGAAAUAAUGAUAAUGAAUGAUUUGAACGUCUCAGCUGAUGUCUGUGUGAAAACCAUCAAAUUGGAAAAAUGACCAAAGAAAUGGAAUGCUGCCGUGCAAGUGUUGUAAAUAUCUGAUCUUUGUUUUUGUACUUUUGUUUAAAAUAAACGUGUACAUUUGGAAA